ACGCAUCCAGGACCCACUGCGCCGUGAGCCAUCCUCGGCCCCGGCUUGCUCCACAGACACGGUGACCCCUGCUCUGCGCCAACCUCCUCCGGGCACCGCAACCCUACACGGCCCGCAGCCGGAACGCCCCGAGCCAUGGACGCCCCGGAGCCGCAGCCCGACCCCGACGGCGGGGACGGCCCCGGCCACGAGCCUGGGGGCAGUUCCCAAGACGAGCUGGACUUUUCCAUCCUCUUCGAUUAUGACUAUCUGAACCCUAUCGAAGAAGAACCGAUCACACAUAAGGCCAUCAGCUCACCCUCCGGACUCGCAUACCCGGAUGAUGUCCUGGACUAUGGCCUCAAGCCAUGCAACCCCCUCGCCAGUCUCUCUGGCGAGCCCCCUGGCCGGUUCGGAGAGCCGGAUAGUAUAGGGUUCCAGAACUUUCUGAGCCCGGCCAAGCCAGCAGGGGCUUCGGGCCCGAGCCCUCGGAUCGAGAUCACUCCAUCCCACGAACUGAUGCAGGCAGGGGGGGCCCUCCGUGGGAGAGACGCCGGCCUGUCCCCCGAGCAGCCGGCCCUGGCCCUGGCCGGCAUGGCCGCCAGCCCGAGGUUCACACUGCCCGUGCCCGGCUUCGAGGGCUACCGCGAGCCGCUUUGCUUGAGCCCCGCUAGCAGCGGUUCCUCUGCCAGCUUCAUUUCUGACACCUUCUCCCCCUACACCUCGCCCUGCGUCUCACCCAAUAACGCCGGGCCCGACGACCUGUGUCCCCAGUUUCAAAACAUCCCUGCUCAUUAUUCCCCCAGAACCUCUCCAAUAAUGUCACCUCGAACCAGCCUCGCCGAGGACAGCUGCCUGGGCCGACACUCGCCCGUGCCCCGUCCGGCAUCCCGCUCCUCCUCACCCGGUGCCAAGCGGAGGCAUUCGUGCGCAGAGGCCUCGGUUGCCCCUCUGCCCGCAGCCUCACCCCAGCGCUCCCGGAGCCCCUCGCCACAGCCCUCGCCUCACGUGGCACCCCAGGACGACGGCAUCCCCGCUGGGUACCCCCCCACGGCCGGCUCUGCUGUUCUCAUGGAUGCCCUCAACAGCCUGGCCACUGACUCGCCCUGCGGGAUCCCCUCCAAGAUAUGGAAGACCAGUCCUGAUCCAACUCCUGUGUCCACUGCUCCAUCCAAGACAGGCCUGGCCCGCCACAUCUACCCUGCUGUGGAGUUCCUGGGGCCGUGUGAGCAGGAGGAGAGGAGGAAUUCCGCUCCAGAGUCCAUCCUGCUGGUACCACCCACCUGGCCCAAGCAAUUGGUGCCGGCCAUUCCCAUCUGCAGCAUCCCCGUGACUGCAUCCCUCCCACCACUAGAGUGGCCACUCUCCAACCAGUCGGGCUCCUAUGAGCUUCGGAUUGAGGUCCAGCCCAAGCCCCAUCACCGAGCCCACUAUGAGACAGAGGGCAGCCGUGGCGCUGUCAAAGCCCCAACAGGAGGACACCCUGUGGUGCAGCUCCACGGCUACAUGGAGAACAAGCCUCUGGGGCUUCAGAUCUUCAUCGGGACGGCUGAUGAACGGAUCCUUAAGCCACACGCCUUCUACCAAGUACACAGGAUCACCGGGAAAACAGUGACAACCACUAGCUAUGAGAAGAUUGUGGGCAACACCAAGGUCCUGGAGAUCCCCCUGGAGCCGAAGAACAACAUGCGGGCCACCAUCGACUGCGCAGGCAUCCUGAAGCUCCGAAACGCUGACAUCGAGCUGCGGAAGGGCGAGACAGACAUCGGCAGAAAGAACACGCGUGUGCGCCUGGUGUUCCGUGUGCACAUCCCGGAGCCCAGUGGGCGCAUCGUCUCCCUGCAGGCUGCAUCCAACCCCAUCGAGUGCUCUCAGCGCUCUGCCCACGAGCUGCCCAUGGUGGAGAGACAAGACAUGGACAGCUGCCUGGUCUACGGCGGCCAGCAGAUGAUCCUCACGGGCCAGAACUUCACAGCUGAGUCCAAGGUUGUGUUCACGGAGAAGACUACAGAUGGGCAGCAGAUUUGGGAGAUGGAAGCUACGGUGGAUAAAGACAAGAGCCAGCCUAACAUGCUUUUUGUUGAGAUCCCCGAGUAUCGGAACAAGCACAUCCGUGUGCCCGUGAAAGUGAACUUCUACGUCAUCAACGGAAAGAGAAAACGGAGUCAGCCACAGCACUUUACUUACCACCCAGUCCCCGCCAUCAAGACAGAGCCCAGCGAUGAGUAUGAACCGUCUUUGAUCUGCAGCCCCGCCCACGGAGGCCUGGGGAGCCAGCCAUAUUACCCACAGCACCCAAUGCUGGCCGAGUCCCCCUCCUGUCUUGUGGCCACCAUGGCCCCUUGCCAACAGUUCCGCUCGGGGCUCUCAUCCCCUGAUGCUCGCUACCAGCAGCAGAGCCCCGCAGCCGCCCUCUACCAGAGGAGCAAGAGCCUGAGUCCGGGCCUGCUGGGCUACCAGCAGCCGUCCCUCUUGGCAGCACCCUUGGGUCUGGCUGAUGCCCACCGUUCUGUGCUGGUGCAUGCUGGUUCGCAGGGGCAGGGGCAGGGGCAGGGGCAGGGCUCCACCCUGCCACACACCUCCUCGGCCAGCCAGCAGGCCUCACCCGUGAUCCACUACUCACCCACCAACCAGCAGCUUCGUGGCGGGGGUCACCAGGAGUUCCAGCAUAUCAUGUACUGUGAGAACUUCGGCCCCAGCUCUGCCAGGCCUGGCCCGCCUCCCGUCAACCAAGGUCAGAGGCUGAGCCCAGGCUCCUACCCCACGGUCAUCCAACAACAGACUGCCCCGAGCCAAAGAGCUGCCAAAAACGGACCCCCGGUCAGUGACCAGAAGGAAGCUCUGCCCAGUGGAGUGACAGUCAAGCAGGAGCAGAACCUGGACCAGACUUACCUGGAUGACGUUAAUGAAAUCAUCAGGAAGGAGUUUUCGGGACCUCCCUCCCGAAAUCAGACCUAGAAGCAAACAGUAUCGCACGACGCCUUCUACUUUGGACCCCUUCUGUCUCCUCCCGCCGUCUCUGACUGGAACACUGCGCGUGCGCAGUGCAGGCAGUUGGUGUCGGAGCCUGGGAGCCUGCUGCCUCGCGAAGAGCAUCUUAGCUGAUGUCCACGGUGACUGGACAAGAAAAGCAACUGCCUGCUGACCAAAGCCUCACUCUCAACUCACCAGGAUGCUGAGCCCGAGACCCGGGGGCUGCGCUGGCGGGAGAACCGGAGGAACCAUGGUAACCCACAGACAUGGAUCCAUCAAGAAGGGUCUUCAGACAGAGCAACCAAAAGCGCAUGGCCCAAGAGUCCCGCCCGGUCUCUGUAGGAGCUGAAACUGGACGGUCAUCUAUGCACCAGCUGGGCCAUACCAAAGCUUCAUUUUUAAUUUUCUCUUUCCAAAGCCAAACUGCCUUGACCCUGACAGGACCACCUGUUCCACCUUCUCAGCCUUAAGUUAUAACACAUGUACGUGUUUGCUAGCUUCUGGGCCUUUGUUGUGUUUUUCUCUGCUUUGAAGAGCCAACCAAAGAGGCUGCCCGGCUGUGCCCUCUCUCGUCCAGCUACUCCCUCUCAGCCAGCUACUCCCUCUUGGCCAGCUACUCCCUAACCCUGCUGCCUGCACCAGACCUCUGGUGGGAUCCAGCCUGGGCUGCCUGUUGAGACCAAUGCUUCUGAAGGUUCCCCUCUCCACCUCCUCCACCCAGAAGUCAAGAGAACCUUCUGGGUUCUUGCGUUGACUGUUAAGGAGCUAAGACCACCAAAACUAGUCAAAACCUACAGGUGUUUUUCACGACCACCACCAAACAGA